UCCGUAGCCAUUUUGGCUCAAGUUGAGGCUCAAGCCACCUGAGGUCUCGCAAUCAGCAGCGUGCGUCGCAAACCGGCCAGUGCCCAAUCAACCAUGCUCAGCCCGCGCGCUGGUCUUCAAGAAGGUGAAGCGGCCCCCGCCGAGCAGAGGAAGGGCAAAGGGGUGCGUCCCGACUCUGAGUGGCUGAGCUCGGCCCCCACGCGAUGCCCAACGUCAGAGCUGUUAGCUGUCGGCGAGGACCGGGGCGCCAACGUUCACGACGAGACCUGGGGCGCCACCGCGCUGCCGAGGGAUGACGGCGAACCGGCGCUCUUCGAGGCAACGCUUCUCCAGGCGCUGCGCUUCGGGAGCGGGCGCCCCCAGAUGCAGUCUGCGAUGCCAGCGUCGAGGAUGGCCCCGCUCAGGCGCCUCCGGUCCGAGGCGUUCUGGGAGCAGAAGGCGGCUGCCGUCUGGCGGCCGGCAUGCUCGCCCUGGGAGGUGGGCGUGAGGCAGCGCCGCCUGUGCCUCGACGAACGCGACUGCUUCGGGCCAGCGGCGGUCGCGACGCCUGCAGCAGAAGGCGCCGAAGGCGACGGCGCCUGCGGCAGCCCCAAGAGCUGGGCGGGCGCCAUCUCCAAGGAGUUGCGCCGCGGGGCGCGCAGGCCCGUUGCGACGGCAGCCCCGCCGCAGCGUUCGGGCCCGCUCUGAAAUGGCGCGGCCGGUCGUGCCACCCGGCUUGGAGCCGGUAGGAACCGAUACUGGGGUGAGUUGGAGUGCCGAGCUGCCUUGCCAGCGUCUGGCCGCGUCCGUGGCGAAGCAUGCAUUCACGUCUGAUGUGCGCUCCUGCUGUCUGCAGCUCCAGUGGCGCAUGAUGGCAGCCUGGAGCCUGCUGCUCCAGAAACUACUGCCACUUCGUGCCAGGCUGUUCUUUUGGCAUCCGGCGUCUAGCCGCGUCCAGGGCGAGCUGUGCACUCUGUUAUCAUAGGACCAAGAUGCUUCCAGGAUCUCCUGUGCCUCCCAUGGUUUCACACGGGCUCAGCAAACGAGGGCCGUCAGACUCUCCAGAAUUAUUGGGGCAUGUCCUGAGCCCAUCGCAUCAUGACAUACGUCUGGCCCUGUUUGAAUGCAUGACUGCACUCCUCUCGUGCGACGCGGGGGCGCCAUGAAACCGCGUCUUGGGAGCUCUCCUUCCGUUUUCUGCUCCAGUGGCGCAUCAUAGCAGCUGGGAGCCUGCUGGCCACCCAGUCGUUACAGUAGGAGGCAGGACCUGGAGGCAGCGUUGGUGGCGGCGGUGUGGGGAGGUGCGAGAUACGAGACUAUUGCCUCCAGCCUUUAAUUGUUAUCCAGUAGGUGCACCGCUGCUCCAAUUGUAUAAACCGAGCAGGCUUCCAAAGUGAUGCUGGGCAACCUGGCUGGCUGGCUGGCUGGCGUGCGAGAGCAGUGUGGCAAGCAGUUUUUUUGUUUUCGUUCCACCCUGCCCAUUUUUUCAGCCAAAGCUGUGCAAGAAGACAUGGCCCGAAUGGCGAUCGACAGGUGACCUCACAAGCGUAGCACACGUACGCUGUGCAUGUUCGGACGGUUGCUCCGCAAACGAGCCAAAUUCUUCACGCUUCGCGCAUCCCCACCAGCCCAUCUCAAAGCAGCAAGUCUUGCGAAGCAUGCGGACAGUCGUGUUUUUCAGGCGUGUUUCCGCUUGCCCCCGCAUAUCUCCCUUGUUCUUCUUUCUCCGCCUCCUUCCUUCUUG